UUCUAGCUUUUAAUUCCCGCCUCCCAAGAUCUCAGCAGAUUUGCUGAAUUAUCUGCAUAAAUGGGAGGGGAGAUCUCAUUUUAAAUGCUGCCUCUAAAGGUAUCGGUAAGCAGUAAGAAACUUUCUUUAUUCCGUUGGAACAAUGGCAGAGCAAAAUUCUACUCCCGACUUUGUUAGGCCAGUGCUAGUCCCCAUCGAGGGGGUUCAAAUUCAGUCAAACUUUGCAGCAAAUUGGGACAGAGUGAAAGUGUUCCAGGCUAAACCCGAUGACCUGUUAAUUGCAACAUAUCCCAAAGCAGGCACAACAUGGGUCAGUGAAAUUGUGGACUUGAUUAACAAUAAGGGGGAUACUGAGAAGUGCAAGAGGGCUCCUACACAUGAAAGGGUUGCCUUCCUGGAGUUUGGUGCACCUAAACCCCUGCCAAUAGGAGUAGAACAGGCAGCCAAAAUGCCCUCCCCUCGGAUGAUAAAGACUCAUCUUCCCUAUCAGCUGGUUCCGAAGUCCUUCUGGGAGCAGAACUGCAAGGUGAUCUAUGUUGCACGGAAUGCCAAAGAUAAUGUGGUGUCCUAUUACCAUUUUGACAAGAUGAACCGUAUACAGAGUAAUCCAGGCACAUGGGAGGAGUACUUUGAAAAUUUCAUAGAAGGAAACGUGUCCUUUGGAUCCUGGUAUGACCACGUGAAAAACUGGUGGGAAAACAAGGACCGCCAUCGGAUACUAUACAUGUUCUACGAAGACAUGAAAAAGGAUCUUAGAAAAGAGAUCCUCAGAGUUGUGCAUUUUCUGGAGAAAGAACUGCCAGAUGAGAUUAUUGACAAGAUUGUCCACCACACAACCUUUGAGGUGAUGAAGGAGAAUCCCAUGGCAAACUACAGCAGUCUGGCAGGAGCAGGCUUCUUGGACCAUAAGAUGUCACACUUUAUGCGAAAAGGUUCUGUUGGAGACUGGAAGAACUAUUUCACUGUGGCCCAGAACGAGAGGUUUGAUGCAGAUUAUAAAAAGAAGAUGGAAGGAGCAAUGCUGAAAUUUGUGACUGAACUCUGAAAGGCAACAAUGCAUCCAGAGUCUAGUGAAAAAAACAGUAGUUUCCCCUAAAGCUAACAGAGUAACCAUCUCUUUCAGCUGAGGAGUAAGAGGAAAAUUUCAGAAAUGAUGCUGGCUCUUGGUAAAACUGCACUUCCUCACUUUUAGUGUUUACCAGCAGAAAGUAGGACUGUACUUCACAUCUGAAAAUAAGCAGUCAUUCCACAGAUUACACAACACAAGAAAGCACCUGACUGUUUCUUACCUUCUGGGUACAUUUUAUCAAUAUACUUGUCAAAAUUUCACUGAUGCUAAUUAGAGAAUGUGUCUCCUGUGCUGAGUGCACAUACUGAUCACUGUGAAAAGUAAUGACAAUUGCCUUGACAUAUGUGGAUAGAAAAUCAUGGUUUGGUGAUUAUGUGCAUUGUAUCUCCCAAGCCGUCAGCUUCCUGUCUGCGGCAGUAAUGUUAGAGUUGUACUGUAUCACAGAAAUGGUGUUGCAAAAUUGUCGCAUUGCAGUGAUUUCAGAACAUUAUUACAGUGUUUUGUAAACAAAAUUCUGAUAUAUGUACGAGGUAUUUCUGUAUUCUGCAACACUUGUAGCAGUAUUCUGAUGUCAGUACAGUAUUCUGAUGUCAUUGUUAAGGGGUAUAACCUCUGUAUAUGAUGUCUGUUAACAACAGGGAUGUGCACAAUGCAGCCGUAAUGGAGGUACUUUGAGUAUGGGGUAAAACAUAUUCCUGGGAGUAAAAUGUAUUCCUGGGAGAUAAGUGCCUUUAAAAGCAUUCCCUGUAUGGUUGUUACUGAUAGACUCAUAUCUUAACAUGUAAUGAGAAGGCACAUAUAACCCAAGGAAAAUAUCUCUAAAGUGAGAAAAAUAAAGUAAAUGAUAAGCUUAUUUUUUUAUAUUUGCAGUCUGUUACUGAGCUUAAGUGGAACCCUUCCUUCAAUGAUGCUGCAUUGAUGCUAUAACUUUUUUAUGAUGUCAUUCAGCUGUUCUUAAGUCACCGUGAGAGUAAAACAACGGUGUGUGUAUAAUUCUGUUCACAUUAAGCAUGCUUAUUACAUUCUUAGCAACAGUUUUAUAUUAUAGUGCAGUGUCACAGUGAUAGUUUUGUUAACAACACUGAAUCUGCCUGCAGAAAAAUGCAAGAAAAAGAAACAAACACUGUAAAUGUUGAAAAAAUAGCAGCAUGAACGUUAAGCACUUUUCUAUGGAAAAUGAGUCCUUUUUGGCCACUUCCAACAGUACUGGACUAGCUAGUAGCAGAUUUGAAUUCACAGAGGCCAUGAGCCACGUGGUUUUACAGAAGAUAUUUACACGGCUCUGACUGUAUCUCACAGUUUUUUAUGCUGAUGCAUCUUUUUUAUUUCAGGUGCUUACUUGAGUUCUGAUGUAUUACAAUAUUUGCAAUGAAAAUCAUUUGUUGAAAAUCCUGUGAUUAAAGAAAAGGCACUUAAGCAGUUUUGUAUUAAACUUCCUUUUCUGCACAUUGUGUACCAUAUAUAAGGUGCAGGCUAUUUCAGUAGUUUCCAGCACUAUGCUGGAAAUAAACCAGUCCAUGGCUUGCUAAGUGUCAAGAGCAAUUUUCUCUAGCUUUUUGUAAUGUUCUGUCUAAACAUAUUUUAAUUAAAUACAGCUGCAGAUGUACAAAGAAAACUGGCAGAAGUAAACCUGAGGGCACAAUUAAAUAUGGAUUUAAAGCUCUAA